UGUCUCACGCACGGCUGUCAUGGUGGACAGAAAAGUUGGGUGAUACUGGGUGAACUGGUUUUAUUUUCGGAGGUGGUUCUGGUCCCCAGCUCCUCUGAAUGGACCCGGCACACAGAGCCCUGCUGCGGACUCACAGGCUGGAACUGUCCGGGCAGCUGCUGGUCAGCGACACCAUCGUUCCGGUUCUGUACCAGGAGGACAUUUUGACGGACAGACAGGUGGAGGACAUCGAGUCUCAGCCGACAGACAGACAGAAGACACUGAAGCUGUUGGACAUCUUGCCGAACCGCGGGCCCCGGGCCUUCGGCUGCUUCCUGCGGUCCCUGGAGGACUUCAGCUGGGUCCGAGACAAACUGCUGCAGGAGCUGGACUCACCUGGACCCGGAGCCAGAUCCACAGGUGAGACCAGAGCUGGGUCUACAGGUGAGACCCACAAACACACCUGUUACAGGCUCUAUGUGGUCAUGAAAAACUGGAAAAGUCAUGGAAUUUGAAAAUGGUCUUUUCCAGGCCUGGAAA